AUGUAUAAGAAGCUGGCUAUUGCCACAUUGCUCUAUUCCGCAGAUUAUUUACCAGGUGUGUUUGCCCUUGGUCACCAAGUGAAUAAAUUGUUAGAGGAAGCAGGCAAAAAAGGCGACAUUGAAACAUGCCUUAUUGUGACGACCUCUCUAUUUAAUGGCACUUUAAGCGAGCUAGCCAAGAAUAUUUUACAAUCAAUAUACACCAAAAUUGUGUUGGUAGAGCCUUUAAAUUGCCAAGAAGAAAGCAUACAGAAGAAUAGUGAGAAUUUAGCUCUUUUGGAAAGACCUGAAUUAUCCUUUGCCUUAAUCAAAGCAAGACUAUGGGAAUUAACUCAGUUCGAACAAGUUCUUUACUUGGAUUCCGACACUUUACCUCUGAAUAAAGAAUUUUUAAAGUUGUUUGACAUUAUGUCUAAACAAACCACGUCACAAGUGGGUGCUAUUGCUGAUAUCGGCUGGCCUGAUAUGUUCAAUAGCGGUGUCAUGAUGCUAAUACCGGAUGCUGAUACUGCAUCCGUUUUACAAAAUUAUAUUUUUGAAAACACUUCAAUUGAUGGUUCUGACCAGGGCAUUUUAAACCAGUUCUUCAAUCAAAAUUGUUGCACUGAUGAGCUAGUUAAAGACAGUUUCUCUCGAGAAUGGGUACAGUUAUCAUUUACGUAUAACGUAACUAUUCCUAAUUUAGGCUACCAAUCUUCACCUGCUAUGAAUUACUUUAAACCUAGCAUUAAGUUGAUUCAUUUCAUUGGGAAACACAAGCCAUGGUCAUUGUGGUCCCAAAAGAAUUUCAUUAAAAACGAGUAUCAUGAUCAAUGGAAUGAGGUAUACGAGGAAUUUAAGGAAGAACAUCAAUUAAAUAACGAAGUUUCGAAGCCAAAGAUUAGUGAUUCCGAUAAAACUGAGACUCCUGAAACGAUAACCCCAGUGGAUGCCCCUCCAUCGAACGAACCCACUACGAAUCAAGAGAUCGACACAAUUAGUACAGUGGAAGAAAACGUGGACAACCAGAACGCCGAGCCUGUUCCUAACUCGGAUCAUAGCCCUGCUCCUAACCCUGUCCCAUUGGAUUUUACCAAGUGGUUAACAACCUUUAUUAACAAAGAUCACUUGACUAAUCAGCCAGUAAAUGAAAGCAGAGAAUAUUCGAAAGAGAAUGAUAACAAUAUAAUCAAUAGCAGUUCAAACCGCGACCAAGAAAGUCCUCCAAAUAGUACUCAGGAACUAAACAGCUCUUAUAGCGUUGUGAGUACUCAAGCUGAUAGCGAUGAGCACCAAAAUGCAGAAGAGGAGGAUAGUACGACAGAUAACGCUUCAAAUUCUGGAGAAGAAAGCCACCUCGAUGAUAUAAGCACGGCCGCUUCUUCCAAUAACAAUGUAAGUAAUCAACCAGAUGGCAAAAAUUUUAGCAAUUCUAAAGAAAAUAAUAUCAGUGUCGAAUCUAGCCCUUCAAAUCCAGAACAGAAAAGGUCAACUGACAAUAUACAAAAACCAAGUGUUUCUACUAAUGACUUACCAGACGACGUAGAACCACAUACCUCUGUUGAUGACAAUAUACAGUACUUAGAAAAAGACAAGGAAGGUUAUGAAGAAUUUCUUCCGGACGUGUACGAGUCAAAUGCAAUCGAUAACGAAGAAGAAUUUUUUGAUGACGAUGCAAGAGAUGCUACCGAAGGAGAAACGAAGACGAGUGCAGUUGCAGAUAAACAGGAGGAUAUGAAACUUACAGCAGAGGAAACCAACCAACCGCAACAAGAAAUGCCCAACUUCAAAUUUGACUGGGAGGACUCUGAUUAUCUAUCCAAAGUAGAGAGGUGUUUCCCUGAUGAUAUUUUUGAGUAUGCAGUAGAGUAA